AUGGAUGGGAUUAUUCGCGUUUUAGGCAUUCUGGUGCUCCUGUUGGAGGGCAUCGCGUGUCAGGGAGUGUAUGCACCUCCUACUGUUCGCAUUGUGCACUCAGGACAUGCGUGUAACGUGGAAGAGGAGCAUUACUCGGAGCGAGUUUACACCAUCAGAGAGGGAGAGACCCUUGAACUCACCUGCCUGGUCACUGGACAUCCACGACCACAGAUUCGUUGGACCAAGACAGCAGGCAGCGUUUCGGAUCGGUUUCAGGACUCCAGUGUGUUCAACGAAACGCUUCAUAUCACAAAGAUCCAGAGACAUCAGGGUGGACGAUAUUACUGCAAAGCCGAGAAUGGACUGGGAUCACCUGCCAUUAAAUCCAUUAGAGUGGACGUCUACUAUCUUGAUGAUCCGGUGGUGACGGUACAUCAGAGUAUCGGUGAAGCUAAAGAACAGUUCUACUACGAGCGAACGGUUUUCCUGCGAUGUGUCGCAAACUCCAACCCUCCCGUACGUUACAGCUGGCACCGCGGGCGAGAUGUUCUCUCGCAGGGCUCCGAUAAAGGUGUCGAGAUCUACGAACCCUUCUUUACCCAGGGGGAGACAAAAAUCCUGAAGCUGAAGAACUUGAGACCUAAAGAUUAUGCCAACUACAGCUGCAUUGCUUCCGUCAGGAACGUGUGUGGCAUCGCCGACCGAAGAGUCGUCUUCAGACUCACCAACAGAACAGCUUCUCCGUCCAUCAAGCUGUUGGUGGAAGAUCCGAUCGUGGUGAAUCCUGGGCAGACGGUGUCGCUGGUGUGUAUCACGACGGGUGGAGAGCCCGCGCCAGCCCUCACCUGGUCCACCAGUACGGGCGCUCUGCCUGAGAAGAGUGUGGUGAAGAACGGCACCCUUACUCUGCCCGCCAUUUCCUCAGAGGAUGCUGGUGUCUACAGCUGUGUGGCCAGCAAUAACGUGGGAAACCCGGCCAAAAAAUCCACAACCAUCAUCGUUAGAGCAUUGAAAAAGGGUCGUUUCUGGAUCACACCGGACCCGUACCACAACGACGACAACAUCCAGAUCGGGCGCGAGGUGAAGAUCUCGUGUCAGGUUGAGGCCAUGCCUCCUGAGGAGCUGCAGUUCAGCUGGUUGAAGAACGGUCGAGCACUGCGGAGCUCCGAGCGGAUGGUCAUCACGCAGACUGAUCCUGACAUCUCGCCCGGCACCACCAACCUCGACAUCAUCGACCUGAAGUUCACUGACUUUGGCACGUACACGUGUGUGGCGUCGCUGCGAGGGGGCGGGAUUCCAGAGAUCAGCAUUGACGUCAACAUCUCGUCCACCACUGUUCCUCCGAACCUCACCGUGCCGCGGGGCAAAUCUCCGCUGGUGGCACGCGAGGGUGAGACUGUGGACUUGGAGUGCCUUGUUUCAGGGAAACCCAAACCCAUCAUCCUGUGGUCGCGCGCUGAUAAGGAGGUGCCGAUGCCGGACAGCAGCAUGCAGACAGAGAGUUACGACGGUGUGCUGCGCAUUGUCAACGUAUCGCGCGAGAUGAGCGGAUCUUAUCGCUGUCAGACCAGCCAGUACAAUGGCUUCAACGUCAAGCCCAGAGAAGCUGUCGUCGAGCUCAUAGUGCAAUACCCACCGGCAGUGGAGCCUGUUUGGCAGGAGGUCAGGCAGGGUUUGGGUCGGCCAGUGGUGAUGAACUGUCGCGUUCUACGGGCGCAUCCUUCACGUGUGCUGCGCUAUGAGUGGAGGCUGGGCUCACGACUGCUGCACGCCGGACACUUCGACUCCCGGGAUGAUACAGAAUACACUAUACGCAGCCUGACGCGAGAGGGCUACGGCGAGUACACCUGUGACAUCAUCAAUGAGGCGGGGCCAGGACGCUGCACCUUCCUGGUCACUGGUAAAGCGUAUGCUCCUGAGUUUUACUAUGACACCUACAGCCCGCUGUGGCAGAACAGACCACGUGUUUACGGAUAUAAAUUACAGUGGACACAGAUGAAUCCAAACGCUGUGGAUCGCAUCAUGGUUUACCGCCUCGGCAUACGACAGACGGGUCAACAGCGCUGGUGGGAACAGGAGAUUCCAGUGGACAGCAACAUUCAGAAGGGAGAACUGAUCACACACAACCUCACUGAGCUCAUCAGACCUGAAGCUUAUGUUAUACGACUGACGCCCAUCACGCGCUUCGGAGAGGGAGAUUCCACCACCAGAAUUGUCACCUACAGCGCUCCCAUCAACCCUCAUCUGAGGGAGUUUCAUUGUAGCUUUGAAGAGGAGCCCAUUUGCAUGUUCACUCAGGACAAGAACGAUGACUUUGAUUGGACGAGACACAGCGCGGCCACCCGUGACACUAAAUACACACCAAACACGGGCCCCGGCAGUGAUCGUAGCGGCUCAAAGCAGGGUUUCUAUAUGUACAUCGAGACGUCCAGACCUCGUAAAGAGGGCGAUACGGCGCGUCUGCUGAGCCCCACGUUUACCGUCGCCCCUAAGAACCCCUACAGCAUCACCAGCCCGCCAGCGUACUGCUUCACGUUCUAUUAUCACAUGUACGGCAAACAUAUCGGCACUCUGAAUGCGUUUGUAAAGCAGAAAGGUCAGUCCACUUUAGACGCCGGACCGGUCUGGUCUCUCAGUGGAAACCAAGGGGACAGAUGGAGACAGGCCAAAAUUAGUAUCCAUCCCAUUUCCUCUUUCCAGGUGAUAUUUGAGGGAAUUCGUGGUCCAGGCAUCGAGGGAGAUAUCGCCGUUGAUGAUGUCACUCUUGAGGAGGGCGAGUGCCCUGACCCUCCAUCCAAUCCUAUUAGAGGAAUGGCUUCAAACAGAGUCUGCAGUUUAUGGCCGUUGUGCGUCACGCUGUUUCUCACGCUGCUGAUUCGUCAGAGGUGACGCUCCACACGGAAAAAGACUCCAGAUGCAUCCCUUAAUAUUUAAUCACCAAAGAUUCCUGCUUUCGGAUUGCUGAGGAGGCACAACACUCACUUGACAACAUGGAAAUCUAUCAUGAAACAAGGACAAACAGAAAAGGAAUAAAGAUUUUCUACUUUGUGUUCAGUAAGAUGCUCUCAGGAGAAGAUUUGAGAGCAAUUUACUGGCGGAGCGUCAGACUCUAGCGACUGAUGGUUUAAACGUUGACCUGAAAAGCACAACGACAACUUCGCCAUCGGGUUGCAAGGAUUAAUCUGAGAAGGAGGCAAAACCAGUUUCACGAAUCUACUUCCUUCAUGUUAUCGUCAAAUCUCUGUUGUUUUUUUCACCUUGAGUUGUGCUUUUGGAAUACAAACGACAAAACCCUCAGUUUUUUCUCUUAUACCUUUUCGUACACUUUUUAUACUUUGAUUUGUUAUUGGUUUUGUUUUAUUUUGUUUGGCUUGGUGCUUUACAACGCAAAUAAACAUGUUGCUUUAUACCCCGACGUCAGUAGCAGCCUGAUUUCAAACACUGUGCACAUGAAAACCCAGUGAAGAUGCAGUUAUGUGCGUCUGUGACGACGAGGCCUGCGGAACGAUGUGGAAUAACGACUAGAUCACUUCAGUUUUGUUCGUAGCCAUUCCUGACACCAGUGACAGAAUUUCUGCCAUUAAAAAAAGAAGUGCCUUUAGGUUAUAAACCGUUCCGCACGCCUGAACUUUAACACUAAAUGUCAAUGUUUCUAACAUCACAGAUGGGCUAUUUUUUACGCAUUUAUAUUGCCCCCAAGUGCUGGAAUGCGGAAGGCGCAACUGUGAACCCUGGAAUUGGCACAAAUCUUUAUCCGCCGUUUCGCACAUCAGGAACAGAUGUUGCACUGCUGUCAUCACGGAAUGUUGCAUCUAGACGCAGCAGCCUGAAAUUACUCUGACAUUCUUCUGAAGAGAAUCAAGUGAUUACAGAACGCAAAUGGGCCUUGAAACUAAACAAGAUUGACCCAAAAAGGCCUGCAAACCCCUACACACGCCUCUGUCAUUUAUAUACCGAACUACAUGCAUUCUGAGAGAAAAAAAAAACUAAAAUAUUCAUAAUUAUAAUAAUAUUUUAUUACUCUAUACAGAAUGUGUCUCAGCUUUUACACACAAACUGUGAAAAACAGUGGCAGUGGUUU